AUGUAUACCGAUGGCGCCUCGAGUAAAAAGGGUUGCGGCGGUGGCGUCGUGCUCAUCUCGCCGGAAGGAUUCAAGGCCUACCAAGCCUUCAGAUUCUGCUUCCCUCUAUCCAAUGACGAAGCCGAAUAUGAGGCAUUGAUCGGGGGCCUGAGGUUGGCCCGGGCCCUGCAAGCACGCCACCACAAGAUUCGGUCAGACUCACGACUGGUCGUGGGCUACGUCAACAAUCAGUUCGAAGCACGGGAAGACAGGAUGCGGCAAUACCGAGAUGUAGUCCAAAGACUAUUGACAUCCGUAGAGCGGUGGGAACUAACCCAAAUUCCGAGGACCGACAACGGCGAGGCAGACCUUCUGUCCCGCGUGGCUCAAGGUGUCGAAGACCACCUGAGUUAUGUGUCUAAGAUAGCUCGGACAAUUGACAUCGAUGCCCCCAGCAUAGAUAAGGACGAGGUCCUGGCUGUAAUACCGUCCCCGGAUGAAUGGAUGCAGGAGAUGAUCCGUUACAAGGAACAAGGUCUCGCACCCCACGACCCUCAACGAGCACGAAAAAUAGUGUCCAUGGCCCCGUCUUACCGGAUGGUUGAAGGAAGAUUAUUCAAACUAUCCUUUGGAGGGCCCAUGCUCCGAUGUUUAAUCAGAGCAGAAGCCGACAAAGUCAUAGCGGAAGUCCACGAAGGAGUGUGCGCUGCACACCAGGGCGCCCAAACCCUGGCCAGGAAAAUUAUCUUGCAAGGGUAUUACUGGCCCCGCAUCAGAUCCGAUUGCCAGGACUACGUGAGGAAGUGCCCUACAUGCCAGCAAUUCGCGAUUUUACUCGGCAAGCCCGCCUCUUAUUACACCCCGGUCACUUCAGCCAUCCCAUUCGCGCGUUGGGGCAUCGACUUGGCAGGUCCUUUCCCCAAAGGGGUGGGAGGCCUGAAGUUCCUAAUCGUGGCCAUAGAUUAUUUCACCAAGUGGGUAGAAGCAGAGCCCCUUGCCUCCAUCACGGGGACCCAGUGCCGAAAAUUUGUAUGGAAAAAUAUCUUCACGAGAUUUGGAUUACCCCACCAAAUCGUGUCCGACAACGGCAAACAGUUUGACAACCAAGAAUUCGCUCAUUUCUGCGCUUAUUACGGAGUGGAGCAUAUCAAGGUCGCCGUAGCCUAUCCCCAAGCUAACGGUCAGGUGAAGAAUGCCAACCGCACCAUCAUUAACGGGAUUAAGAAGAGAGUCGAAGCAACGGGGUCCACCUGGUACGAGGAACUGCCGUCCAUAUUAUGGGCCUAUAGAACAACCCCCCGAAAAGCAACGGGGGAUACCCCUUUCGCACACACAUACGGGUGCGAGGCACGGACACCAGUAGAAGUGAUAACCCCCGCGAGUAGGAACACGCGAUUCCAACCUGGCCAGAAUGAUGAAGACCUCCGAGUUGAAUUGAAUUUCCUACAGGAGAGGAGGGAGGCAGCCAGGCGAAAUAUUGCUAUCUACCAAUAG